GUUUUGUGUAAAGUCUGGAAAUGUCUCAACUUUUCCAACACGGCCUCUAAAGGUGUAAAUUCGUCCAGGAUGGCAGACACCGGGUCCAGCCCUACAKCUAACUACAUGGAGAAGCUGCAAAGUUACGUGAAGACCCAGAAAGGUUUGAUCCUCGCAGCAGAAAUAAUCCUCAGUCUGAUAGUCCUCAUCUGCUAUGCUGCCUCUUUGUACGGAGGCUACACUGCUGUGGCCAUCUGUGAGAUGGUCUUUGCCAUAAUCRUCUUUGUCAUCUUCAUGCUGGAGCUGGACAAGCAGUUCCUGGUAGUCCACUGGGUCUGGACUGACUUUUUCCGCGCCAUAAUCGGYGCCUGCCUUUACGUCAUCACGUCUCUCAUCUGUGUGAUCGGUGGAGCUGGGGACGGAGCGCGUAUCGCAGGCGGGGUGUUCGGUUUGAUCGCUGGGAUCGUUUAUGCCUACGACUCCUACAUCACCUACCUGCAGCUCAAGAGCAGCAGACAGGGCACGGCAGCUCCCGUUGAUGACAGAAUUUAAAGCCUGCGCCGCCUGUGCCUCUGAGCAGCGCAGCAGCAGGAGCACCGACACACAGAGAGCGGCUCAGUAAGGCAGGGUGGACGGGGGGAAACCAGCAGGUUGAGGGUUAAUCAUUGCAAAGGAACGGGGUGGCGACUGCACCGGYGUGCCCCCAGAGGAGGACGGCACAACGUCACACCUGUGCCUGCACGCCUGCUACACGAGAAACUUCCCCUCCUGACUUUAUUAUUCUCACCUCGACGGUCCUUUGACUAAAAAAAAGGGAAAUCUGACAGUAACACAAGACUUUGGUUGACAUCACCACGGAGCUCGUCUAAUCCACAUUUCUACUGUUAUCGGUCUGCUGUAGUAAUCGAGAUGAUGUUUCUGGAUUWCAAAAGUAACUGACUCGUUAGAGACUCUUUAACAUCUUAAUUAUGCGUUUAAGUUUGUAUUUUUAGUAACACUUCUUAUUUCCUGUUUUGUUUUUUUCCAUCACUGYAGUUUCUGUGCAUCAUGGUGCUUUAAAGUCCUGUUUAAACGAACUAGCUGUUUUUUGUAAACUUUGACUUUAAACCUUUUCUUUUUUAUUUAUUUUAUGUUUUUACAAAUGGAGUGGAUUAUUAAAGACCCUCAAACGAACAUUAACUCGUGAGUUUCAUGUUCACUUUUACUCGUUUCCUUGGAGUCUUGCUCAGGUUAUGUAGUUUAUCUUACACAUGUAACACGUUUUGAGCUGCAGGAUGUUAAUUUUAUAUUGCCAAGUAAUAAAGUGCAGGCAGAGUUUUUUUUAUUUCCAAUUUUUUUUUUUUUUUUAGGCAGACCAUGAGAAAUCAGUUUCUAAAGAAAAGUCAUUAAAAUAUUGCAGUUUUUUGUUCUCCGUUUCCUCAACCUGGUGUUGGUUAGUUGGAGUAAAAGAAAAAUUGUCUGUAACUUUUUUCUAACACUUGUUACAAAAGUCUGGAGCAUGCCAGUUGAAAUUUAAAUCAGCUUUGCUUUGAGAAAUAAAGCCAUUGAUACAACAAAGA